UUAAAUAUGGAAAAAGCCACGCUGCGCUCCGAGUCUCCGCGUUCUUCCACACAGAUACAAAACGACAAAGUUCUCCAAGAUGUUACCGAGGAACUCCAGCGCCUUCUGAGGAUCGACUGACACAUUAUUAGAUUGGGAGAAAUUAUUCGAGCGAGAUCUCUCUGCUACUCGGAGCCACAUUUGUGGAAACGUCAACAAAACGAUCACAAACCGGAGCCGAGCCGCGCGUUUCUGAAGGCCAAGUUUGGCACCAUGAGUUCCGACAAAGGAAAAAUGGAGGAUGAAGCAGUGUUGGACAGAGGGGCAUCUUUUGUCAAACACAUUUGUGAUGAAGAAGAAGUGGAAGGUCACCACACCGUCUACAUUGGUGUGCAUGUUCCCAAGAGUUACCACCGGAGGAGACGUCACAGACGCAAGUCAAGCCACAAGGAUAGACGGGAACGAAGUGAACAGAGUACAGAAGAAAACAAGUCAGACGGGGAGACCGCAGAUGAAGCUGGUGCAAGCUUCGUCAAACCUUUCAUUUCUCCAGCUGAGAGGAUCAGGUUUAUUUUGGGAGAGGAGGACGAUGGACCCCCGCCCCCACAGCUCUUCACCGAGCUGGAUGAACUGCUGGCUGGUGAUGGGCACGAGAUGGAAUGGAAGGAGACCGCCAGAUGGAUCAAGUUUGAGGAGAAGGUAGAGAAGGGAGGUGAGCGUUGGAGUAAGCCUCAUGUGGCCACACUGUCCUUGCACAGCUUGAUGGAACUCAAAAACUACAUAGAGAAAGGUACCAUCAUGCUGGACCUGGAGGCCUCCACUCUUCCACAAAUCGUUGAGGUGAUCACUGACAAUCAGAUCGAGAGCGGCCUGUUGAAGCCUGAGCUGAAGGAGAAGAUCAUGUACACUCUGUUGAGGAGGCAUCGCCAUCAAACCAAGAAGUCCAACUUGCGCUCUCUUGCAGACAUCGGCAAGACUGUCUCCAGUGCAAGUCGGCUGUUUUCCAGUCAGGAGAACGGCAGCCCAAUGACUUCUCAUAGAAACCUGACCUCCACCAGCCUGAGCGAUUUCUCUGACAAACCAGAGAAGGAUCAGCUAAAGAACAAGUUUAUGAAAAAAUUGCCCCGUGACGCAGAGGCAUCCAAUGUGCUGGUCGGAGAGGUGGACUUCUUGGAAAGUCCUUUUGUGGCAUUUGUUCGCCUUCAACAGGCCUUCAUGCUGGGGGCUCUAACUGAGGUUCCUGUGCCCACAAGAUUUCUCUUUAUACUACUGGGCCCCAAAGGCAAAGCAAAUUCCUAUCAUGAGAUUGGAAGAGCCAUUGCUACCCUGAUGUCGGACGAGGUAUUCCAUGAUAUUGCCUAUAAAGCAAAGUACAGGCAGGACCUGUUGGCUGGUAUUGAAGAAUUUCUGGAAGAGGUCAUCGUUUUGCCCCCUGGCGAGUGGGAUCCGAACAUCAGGAUAGAGCCACCCAAGUCUCUUCCCUCACCUGACAAGAGGAAGAACAUGUAUGUUGGGUUAGAGCCUCCCCAUAUGAAUGGUGACACGCCUCAUGAUGGGGAGCAAGGAGGAGGAGGAGGAGCAGGAGGAGGUGGCCAUGAGGUUGGCGAGGAGCUUCAGUGCACCAAAAGGUUCUGUGGAGGUCUGAUUCUGGAUGUCAAACGGAAGCUGCCAUUUUUUGCGAGUGACUUCUGUGAUGCUCUACACAUCCAGUCCCUGUCAGCUGUCUUGUUCAUCUACCUCGGCACGGUCACCAACGCGAUCACGUUUGGCGGAUUACUUGGAGAUGCUACAGAUGUGUUUCAGGGUGUGUUGGAAAGUUUCCUGGGUACGGCCCUGACGGGUGCCGUGUUCUGCCUGCUGGCUGGUCAGCCCCUGACUAUUCUCAGCAGUACGGGCCCCGUGCUCGUCUUUGAGCGGCUCCUCUUCAGCUUCAGCAGAGACAACGGCUUUGAUUACCUGGAGUUCCGGUUGUGGAUCGGGCUGUGGUCGGGUUUAUUCUGUCUGGUGCUGGUCGCCACAGAUGCCAGCUUUCUGGUGCAAUAUUUCACACGUUUCACAGAAGAAGGCUUUUCUGCCCUCAUCAGCUUCAUCUUCAUCUAUGAUGCCUUCAAAAAGAUGAUAAAGCUCGCCCACCACAACCCAAUUAAUUCUGGAUAUGAUCCCGACUUUGUUACCCGCUACGACUGUCGCUGCAUGCCUGGGAACUCAUCACUACCCUUGAAACCCUGGGCAAACAGUAGUGAAUUGCAAGCAAAUGCAACCUGGGCAUCUCUGACAAAGCAUCAGUGUUUGGAAUACAAAGGGAUUCUGGUUGGAGAUGCUUGUGACUACGUGCCUGACGUCACCCUGAUGUCCUUCAUUUUGUUCUUUGGCACUUACACUUGCUCCAUGGCCCUGAAGAAGUUCAAGACCAGUCGGUUCUUUCCCACCACAGUGAGGAAGCUCAUCAGUGAUUUUGCGAUCAUCCUGACGAUUUUCCUCUUCUGCGGUGUGGACGCAUUUGUUGGUGUGGACACUCCAAAGCUCAUUGUGCCAAGUGAAUUUAAGCCUACAAAUCCACAUAGGGGCUGGAUUGUGCGUCCUUUCGGAGGGAACCCUUGGUGGGUAUACCUUGCUGCUGCGCUCCCCGCCCUGUUGGUCACCAUUCUGAUAUUUAUGGACCAGCAGAUCACCGCAGUGAUUAUCAACAGGAAAGAGCACAAACUCAAGAAAGGGGCAGGGUAUCACUUGGACCUCUUCUGGGUGGCCAUUCUUAUGAUCAUUUGCUCUUUCAUGGGCCUGCCUUGGUAUGUGGCUGCCACUGUUAUCUCCAUCGCACAUAUCGAUUCUCUGAAAAUGGAGACACAGACUUCAGCGCCUGGAGAGCAGCCCAAAUUCCUCGGUGUCAGGGAACAAAGAGUCACUGGCAUAUGCGUGUUCCUUCUCACAGGACUUUCUGUGUUCAUGGCUCCAAUCCUCAAGUUCAUUCCCAUGCCCGUGCUCUACGGCGUGUUCCUCUACAUGGGUGUGGCAUCGCUCAAUGGUGUCCAGUUCAUGGAUCGCCUGCAACUCCUCCUCAUGCCGGCCAAACACCAGCCAGACUUGAUCUACUUGCGGCACGUCCCGCAGAGACGAAUCCACCUCUUUACGUUCAUCCAGGCGCUCUGUUUGGCGCUCCUGUGGAUCCUCAAGUCGACUGUGGCUGCCAUCAUCUUUCCAGUCAUGAUCUUGGCGUUGGUUGCAGUGCGUAAGGCCAUGGACUACGUGUUCUCGCAGCAUGACCUCAGCUACCUGGAUGAUGUUAUUCCAGAGAAGGACAAAAAGAAGAAAGAGGAUGAGAAGAAGAAGAAAAGCAAGAAGAAAGGAAGCAUCGACAGCGAAAUGGAAUUUUCUGAGUGUCCCUACCAUGAAAAUAUCCCCAGUGUUAAAAUCUCUAUGGAUAUGAUGGAGGAGGAGCCCAUGUUGGUGGAUAAAUCUUUGGAUAGAGAUCGGCUGCAGAGUUUCCUUUCCCCUCAUUCACCGUGCUGAGCAGCACUUUAAGUCCUCCACAGUGGCAGAUCUCGACAAGAGUUUGUGCCCAAAAGCGAAACCUCAGAUUCUAAUAGACUGGGGCUCAGUGGUCCGCAGGCUCCCCUGGAAGAAGGGCUUUGAAACAGACCUGUGAAUAAAUUAUGCACAAACUGCUCCAACUGCACAACACAAGCAACACAUAAUCAGCCUGCAGCGCUGCUUCACGGCAGUAAUUUCUUUUUUAAAUGCUCCUCAUCUGGGGAUUCAAAUUUGAACCGCUGUAAAUAAAGUGUCUUCCAAUCACUUUACUUUGGUACUGAGUUUUAAAGGUGUCGUCCCUUUUGAUUUUCCACAAAGUUUUUUUGUGUUGAAUUUUAGCUACUUUAAAGUAUACUUAAUUCUACUGAACAUCACAAAAUUUCAGCUGAUUUUUCUAGUGGUGAAGUAUUUUUUCUUUGGGGGGUGUGUUUUUGCUCUGUCAAAUCUUGAAGAAAACAAUAUCACUCAAUGCAUUUCGGGAAAAUAGUGACCAUACAUGUAAAACAAACAAACAAAAAAAAACUAAGUCAGUCAACUAAUAUAUAUAUAAUAAAUAAAAUUCAGAUUGAGCAAACUUGCCAAGUCUGACCAAAUUUGCUCUUUGAUGGUCAGAAAUGGUUCCUGCAUCAUCUAUAUUGGCAAAAUAUGUUUUGGAAUCCUUUAUUUGAAUACUAUGGAUCCAAAUUACAGUGGGGCUGGAAAGGAAGUCCUUUUCAUGACUUAAAUGGUA